AUGAGGAGCUUCUCUGGCAUGGCCAUGUCAGCCGUUUGUCUGUUCUCCGGAACACUGGGCGUCAGCAACUUCAUAUCAGCCAGCUCUAUUCUUCGAGCAGACGAUGUCCUGGAACGGCCAUUUUCAGAUGUUCUCAAUACUGCUUCUAUUCCCGUAGUGUUAAGCCGGCGACAAAUCAUCAACAAUGCCGCAGAGACAACAAAUGGGGACAUCAAGCUGAACAGCGAUGGCACCUUAAACAGGACGGCAUGGGAGGAGACUACAAAUGCAGCUUGUGUCAAGGCUCUUAUGCCACUUCCGCGGAGCACAAAUCCUUCAGGGAAUUGCAUCUGCUACAAUCUGCCGGCGCUGGACACAAACACAGGUGUAUUUGAAGCCGAGCUGCGACUGUACCGCAUUUCUGACGCUCGGGAUGCAUUUAGCGGUAUCCCUCCAGAAAAUGUUAAAGUUGCUUUGCAAUAUAACGGCGCGAGUGUCAGUCCUAUCUCAGCCACAGGCGCAAUAGGAAUCGGCAAUCAAACUCAAGUUCUCUCCCCACGAGAUGCUGUCAGCACCCCUCGACUGAUUCAAGCAUACAUGUUUGUGGGUCAAAUUGAUAAAGCAAAGAUGGCUCAGAACAUGUCCCUUGCCGCCUUCGAGGCCGUCCUCAUCCCAACUCUCUCAUUGACCGCCGCCAGAGCCGGCGGAGGCUCGGCUUCCACCAACGUCUCCAUGAACGAAGCUUCUUUCUUGACAGGAAUUUUUAGCAAGUCCAUGGUUAUGUCGGACUUUUCUGCUGCUCAAGCCGCCGUCACUGCCCAGCAAGAUCUCCUGCGCAACCGCACCAUUGCCUUCAUCUUACCGGGUACGCAGAUUAUGAUUUUCCCCAUUGGCACAAUCAUCACUUCUAUAUGGUUAGCCCUCGGGCUCUUUGCGUAUGGAUGGGGCACGUUGGAGAGAAUUGACUAUGCGGAAACAUACAAGAGACGCGUGGCAAGCAGCGUAGGGACACGGACAUUUUAA